AUCGCAUACGCACAUGCGGUUCGCUCCCGCUGCCACCACCCACGGUCGCCAUCCUACCACCGCUUCCCGUCUCCUGAUGCUUGUCACUGCUUGCUUCCCAUGCUGGCUGCUACUGCAUACGCUAAAGAAAAGGUACACCACCACGGUUCCAAUUGUCCAUCCAUUCGGCCAUCAUACAUCACUUCCAUCCAUUCAUUCCUCAACCAACCAACGGCUACUACACCUGCUCCUCCCUUGGCCUCAGCUGUCCUUCCCUUCGAGAUACACGCGAGAGCGACACUCUGACGUCCCCUGUGAACUUAAUCCGCCUUGACCGAAACACAUACUUUAUCGCCCGCUCCUUCGACCUCCCUACCGCUUUCAACCUUCUGUGCUUCCUACUCCGAAGUCGCCCACGGCGCUGCCGAACCAGAUCGCAUAUUACCGUCUUCCAAGCGACCGAAUCCUGUCGAUGAUCGAAGGCACGCGCUGAUGCCCUCCCUUUCAACUGCCUACCACCCAAGCGACGAGGUGGGCGGCCUUGCUCCAUCAUGGCAGAUUCCCUAAACCCGGCUGGGUCGACAUCACACAUGUCUUCUUCGGCCCUCAUGCCAGCACGUCAUGAUGCCGAAGCCCGCCCACGCAACCGGCGCCUCAUCAGCACGGUAGAGGACACCUCCACCGGCGGAGGCCCCUUGGAUAAGCUGUCGGCUUCCUUUUCUGCCUUGCGUUCACCAAGCCGUGAGCCAAGCCCCAUGCCUUCCAGCCACUUAUCCCGCGAUGCCUCCAAGUCCGGUGCACGAAGUGCAUCUUCCGCCGCCCGUCGAAACAACACCGCACCAAACUCGGCCAGUUUCCUCGAUACCACAUGGUCGCAAGGCUGGGCUUCUAUCCAAGGGCUUGCUUCUUCCAUCUUGUCUGGUGGAAGUGUCCACGAUGCGGGCUACGAGUCAGAUCACAGGGAAGGGAGACGGACGAACAUCAAUCCUUUGAAAAGAGACUACUCUACCCCGCCACGAAAGGCUCCCAAAGACUGGGGUCCAGCGCCGCCCCCCAAUAGUAGGCCUGCGCAGAGAGACAUUGCGGCAGGCUCUCUCGCAGAAAGAGAUGCUGCCCUCAAGGCAGCCCGGACAGCAAGCGUUUUGGAAAGUCACGACGGAGUUAACGGUGGCCUCGAUGUGUCGGGCAAGUACAAGAAGAGAAACUCGGACGAAAUCGCCAGGGACGCACCACAGGAAGAAGAGGUCCAAGACCAACUGGUGUAUAUACACCAUGUGCAACCAACUGACACCUAUGCCGGCAUAGUGCUCAAGUACAGGUGCCGCGAAGACGCAUUCAGAAAGGCAAACGGCCUGUGGUCUAGAGACAUACUGGUGCGCAAGUGGCUUGCCAUACCAGUAGAUGCAUGCGAAGUCAAGGGCCGCCCUUGCGAGCCGCCCUCGCAUGAGGGGCAGAAUGUCGACUUGCUCGCCCCAACACCGGAACCUCGAAGCGCUCAUGGAUGGGGUAAGCAGGCCUCGGCACAACCACAACAAGUCGACUUUUUCAGCCUGCCUACUCAGAACGGGUCGUCGUCUCGACUCUCCAACAACGAAGACCAAGAAGAGCCUCCUUGGUCUCACGUUCGAUGGGUUACACUGGACUCUGUUCCAAAACCAGUUGAGAUCGCCCGCGUGUCGAGCAAAACGAUUGGGUACUUCCCUCCACGACGGAAGAAGAGCCUCCGAAGCACCUCAAGCAUAUCGACGCCGAGACACUCUCUCGAUGCCGCGGCUAUAACAGCUGGGCUUACAGAAAGUCCAGAGCAAGUCGGUAGGCCAUCGUCGCGACGCCAGAGCAACUUGAGCAGUCGGCCAAACCUACCCGGCACUCCAGGGCGAUCGACUCCGGCAUCAUCGAGAAGCAGGAUGGGCAGUGAUGCAGGCGAUACCCGGCCAGCAUGGAUGAGGAGGCCCGGAGGCGUAGGCUCGUUGGGGCGAAGUGUACGAGCACCUGGACCGGAGAAAGAUUACUUAAACUCUUGGGCGAAGAAGCACCUUCCCGGUAUCGCCAUCGACGAGUCUCUGCCAUCGAUUUCCGUAAUGGGAUCCGAGACUGCAAACUUUGGAUUUCGGCCGGGUUCCAGCAGCGGCAUUGUAGAAAGUCCUUUCGAUGAGGGACAGGAUCUAUCAGCGACAUCUCGACAAGGCUCUGGCUUAGACCGCGCAGCAGCAUCAGUGGAGACAUGGCUUCGAGGCGCGUUUGCAAAGUCUCCGGGCACGCCUACCUUGGGAUCCCGAAGCCGUCAGCCAGAUGAUUUGGACCUCAUCGAGUUGACUGAUACAAACAGUGACGAUGGAAGGUUGCCCAUGCCCGCAACCAGCGGCGGAGUGAUCAGCACAGGUUUGCUUGACGCUGCGCCUAUGACGAUUGGCUCCAGUGGGAGGAGCGAUGGAGAGGGGUCCGUCUUGAGACGAGGCUUGAGCAACACUGGAGCAGCAGCAAAGGGCAAAAAGUCGGACUGAGCUUGCCCAUAGUUGAUUUGCAGUUGCUAUUGAAAUGGGAAGAGUCUGGAACUAGGGACUACAGAUGGUUGCUCUCUGUGCUCCUCGAACAAAGCCUCGGUGGGAACACCUCGUGAUCCAGAUCCAUAAAGAAGACCCCAACGGUCUGGGUGCAGGGGCGAUAUGUAGAGGUGUCGGGACUCAUGUUGAAGUGAUUGCGCAUUAUAUAGGCGUUAGCGGGCAUUGAGGGAAGGGCUGGCAGACAGACGGAGGGGUGUGGUGUGAAGUGAGUGUGCCGUUCAGGUUGUGCUUCCAGCCUCUGAGGUUCGCCACUUGUCUAACCCCCCUCCACCCCCUUUAUCUUUGUUUACAACUUUUUAUUUUCAAACAUUAGACUUUGGGAGCAGUAGAAGAUUGGGUUGUCAACCCAGGGUUUGGUUGGCGGGCAGGCAAUCAAGGGGUUUGUUGACGAGAGGGUUCUUUCUGAAGCGAGGCGGAGGCGGGAGAAAGGGAAAAAGGACACAAUUUUCUAUCAGCUUCUAGAAACCACCUAGUCUUUGGCUACGCAAUAUCAUUGACC